GGAACAUCUGAAAGGCUGCGACCUGAUCAAGACGAUAAACCCUCAACGAGUGCCACGUCAACUGCAGCAGCAGCAGUCACAUGCAAGAUGCCCGAGAAUGCACAAAAUGUGACAGUGAGUGACGCUGGUGCGAGAGGUGCGGAUGCGAUCGACAUGCUCGCCAGAGAAGCGGAGGAGUUGCGUAAGAAAUUAGAAAUGGAAAGACAAAAACUUAACGAUGUUUCCAUUGAACAAGCUGCUGAAAGACUCGAACCAUUAACACAACUGAGCAUCAAACAAAGGCGUAUUCUGAAAGGUCACGCUGGUAAAGUUCUGUGUAUGGAUUGGUCACUUGAUAAACGACAUAUCGUUUCAUCAUCACAAGAUGGCAAGGUGAUUGUAUGGGAUGGUUUCACCACCAACAAAGAGCAUGCUCUCACGAUGCCUACCACGUGGGUUAUGGCGUGUGCAUAUUCGCCGAGUGCUCAGAUGAUUGCUUGUGGAGGUUUAGAUAAUAAAUGCUCAGUUGUACCGUUGAGUUUCGAAGAUGAUAUUCUGCAGAAGCGUCGUUCAGUUGCAACACACACCAGUUACAUGUCUUGUUGUACAUUCCUGAGAUCUGAUAACCUUAUGCUGACGGGUAGUGGUGAUUCAACUUGUGCAAUUUGGGAUGUAGAAAGUGGACAGAUGAUCCAAAACUUUCAUGGUCAUACGGGAGAUGUGUUUGCUGUCGAUGUACCGAAAUGUGAUACGGGCAAUAUUUUUAUCUCUGGAGGCGCUGAUAAACACGCGCUUGUAUGGGACAUUCGAAGUGGGCAGUGCGUGCAGAGCUUUGAAGGUCACGACGCCGACGUGAAUACCCUUAGAUUCCAUCCGAACGGGGAUGCGUUUGCAACGGGUUCUGAUGAUGCGUCGUGUCGACUGUUCGAUUUACGUGCCGAUAGACAAGUGUGCGUUUAUGAAAAGGAAUCUGUGCUCUUUCCAGUGAAUGGUGUUGACUUCAGUUUAAGCGGAAGAAUUCUAUUUGCUGGUUAUGGUGAUUACCGUGUUGGAGUGUGGGAUUCGUUGAAAUGCGUCCGUCAUUCGGUACUUUAUGGUCAUGAAAAUCGUGUUUCUUGCUUGCGCACAAGUCCUGAUGGUACUGCGAUAUGCACAGCCAGCUGGGAUUGUACGAUACGAAUUUGGGCAUGA